GUUAAUUUGAUAGAAUGUCUGAUUUGGCUGACAAGAUAGUUGUAGUUAUCAGAAAGAGACCAUUAGGAAAAAAGGAGAUAGCAAAAAAAGAUGAAGACAUUGUGGAUGUUCAGAAUGAUUAAAGUGUGAUUGUUAGAGAAGUGAAGUAAUACACAAUUGUAAACUUAGACAAAAGGUAGAUCUUACAAAAUAUGUUGAAGAACAUAUGUUUAACUUCGAUUUGGCAUUUGAUCAGAAUGCCUCAAAUUAAUAAGUUUAUUUGAAUGCAGUUCGACCAAUUAUAGAAGCAGCCUUUAAUAAGGCUCGUGUCACUUGUUUUGCUUAUGGACAGACAGGGAGCGGUAAAACACACACCAUGUUGGGAGAUGUAGAAAAAUAAAUACCUGGGAUGUACAUUUUAGCAGCAAAUGACAUAUUUUAACUGCUACAAUAAGUAUUUUGAUUGCAUUAAUAUUUAAGCCUGAAUUCCAGCAUUUGAUAGUAGGAGUUUCCUUUUUUGAAAUAUAUUGUGGCAAAUUAUUUGAUCUUUUAAAUUAGAGAGGGUAAAUCUAAAUUAGAGAAGAUGCGAAGGGAAAUGUCAAUUUAAUUAAUCUAAUCGAGAAAAGAGUGAACUCAGUCUAAUCCCUUAUGUAAAUCAUUACUUAAGGUUAAACUGUGAGAGUGACAGGUUAAUUUGAUUUAUUAAUUUGUUAGCUCAAAAUGGAGCCAAUAAUGAAUCAUCAAGAUCUCAUGCUAUAUUAUAAAUCAACUUAAGAGCAGGUAAAAAUGUUUUUGGAAAAUUGUCUUUCAUUGAUUUAGCUGGAAGUGAAAGAGGAGCCGAUGUUUAAGAUUCUAAUAAACAAACUAGAAUAGAUGGAGCUGAAAUUAAUAAGUCACUUUUAGCUUUAAAAGAAUGUAUAAGAGCGUUAGAUCUCAAUAAAAAUCACACUCCAUUUAGAGGAUCAAAACUUACAUUAGUAAUUCUAAUUAAAUAGUCUUAGGUUUUAAAAGAUAGUUUAACAGGUAAUUGUAAAACAGUUAUGAUUGGAAACAUAUCCCCAAGUUCAUCAAGUAGUGAGCAUACUUUAAAUACAUUAAGAUAUGCUGAUCGAGUAAAGGAACUUAAGAAACCCCAAGAUAAAUAGUUUUAAGGAGAUUACAUUUAAAGAGAGUUAAUGUUGGCUAGACAAAAUAGUAAUACUUUAUUAAUAAUUAUAAUAGCUAAUGUAGUUAGAAAAGCAUAUAAGAAUCCAGAUGAUGAGGAUGAUGAAGAUAUAUCAUGCAAUUCAAUGAGUAAUUCAUUGUUUCCUUAAUAAUAACAACAAUGUAUUUUUUAAUAAUAACAAUCAUAAUAAUAGAUUAUGAUGUAACAAUAAUAUUAAUCAAAUUAAUUUACCUAUCAAUAAUAAUAGUAAUAAUAAUUUAUUCCUUAACAAUAACAACAACAGCUCCAAUAACCAUUAUACUAACAGUAGAAUGCUCCAAAAUUAUCAUAAAUACCUAAAAAUUCUUCGUAAUAAAAUUCAAAUAAUACUCUUCUUAACAGAUUUAAUUUAGGCUCAUUUCCUACUAUUAAUGGAGGCAGUUCUUCUCAUAUAAUGCCCAAUAAUUCCAGAUAAUAUACAUAAUAAAAUUCAUUAUAACCUUCAUGCAACUCCAUAAUGACAGAAGUCCCUUAACAACAACCUCAAUUAUUCUAAUAAUAAUCAUUUUAAUAAAAUAAAUCUUCACUCUUAUUCCCCUAACAACAACAACAAUAUUGUUAGAAUAAUAAUAACCUUUUCCAGGAAAAUACAUAUGAAUAAGGAUAUUAAUAAUAAUAACUAUCAAAUUAAUAGGCAUUAGAUGUUAGACAAGAUUCGAUGGUUGAGGAAGAAUUAUGCAUAAACAAUCCAAACUAUUUUAGUGUCACAGGAAGGUAUUCCCAAGAAUCCCAGUCUUCAAGACAAAGUUCCACAAGACCCUUAUAAGAGAUCAACAAUUAUGAAGGGUCUAAGUACUUUAAUAAUAGACAAGUCACAAAUAAUGAUUAUCAAUAUUAGUAACACAUUUUGAACGAGCACAAACAAACUAUUGACAAAAUAGUUGAAAUUACUAAAGAUGUAUUGAUAUGAUUAUACCAAAGGAAAUGAUCAAUUUGUAAUAAGUCUAAUCUCCAUAAGAUAUGUCACCAUAUGUCUCUAAAGUAAUGUUCUAGCUUUAAAACAAAAUGGAUUUGAUUGCUAAUUUACAUUAAAAGAUGAAGCAAUAUCAAAAGGAUUUUGACACAAGAGGAAUACCAUUUCAACCAAAUUCCCAUACUUUUAGUUUAUUUUAAUAAGAUGACAAUUUACUCAACAUCGAUGAUAAUGUGCUUUGA